AUGAGCCUUCCUGAGAACCUCCUGCUUGUGUCCACCUUGGAUGGAAGUCUCCAUGCCCUGAGCAAGCAGACAGGGGAUGUGAAGUGGACUCUGAGGGAUGAUCCCAUCAUCCAAGGGCCAAUGGUCGUCACAGAAAUGGCCUUCCUCUCAGACCCGGCCGAUGGCAGCCUGUACGUCUUGGGGACCCAGGAGCAACAGGGACUAAUGAAACUGCCGUUCACCAUCCCUGAGCUGGUCCACGCCUCCCCGUGCCGCAGCUCCGACGGCGUCUUCUAUACAGGCCGGAAGCAGGAUGCCUGGUUUGUGGUGGACCCUGAGUCAGGCGAGACACAGAUGACACUGACCACAGAGGGCCCCUCCGCCCCCCGCCUCUACAUUGGCCGGACACAGUACACGGUCACCAUGCAUGACCCCAGGACGCCUGCUCUGCGCUGGAACACCACCUACCGCCGCUACUCAGCGCCCCCCAUGGAUGGCUCACCGGGGAAAUACAUGAGCUACCUGGCAUCCUGCGGGAUGGGCCUGCUGCUCACCGUGGACCCAGGAAGCGGGGCAGUGCUGUGGACACAGGACCUGGGCGUGCCCGUGAUGGGCAUCUACACCUGGCACCAGGACAGCCUGCGCCAGCUGCCGCACCUCACUCUGGCUCGGGACACUCUCCACUUCCUGGCCCUCCGCUGGGGCCACAUCCGACUGCCUGCCUCUGCCCCCCGGGACAUGGCCACCCACUUCUCUGCCUUGGACACCCCACUGAUGAUGACGCUGUAUAUGGGGAAGGAUGAAGCUGGCUUCUAUGUUUCUGAAGCACUGGUUCACACAGGGGUGGCUCUUGCGCCUCGUGGACUGACACUGGCUCAUGUGGAUGGCCCCACCACGGAUGAGGUGACACUCCAAGUCUCAGGAGAGCGCGAGGGAUCGCCUAGCACGGCUGUCAAAUACCCUUCAGGCAGCGUGGCUCUCCCUAGCCAGUGGCUACUCAUUGGACACCAUGAGCCACCUCCAGUCCUGCACACCACUAUGCUGAGGGUCCAUCCCACCCCAGGGAGUGGAACUUAUGAUACCAGAUCUUCAGAGAACACCAGGACAGCAGCUCAUUUCUUGCAGCUUCUGAGUAUGAGCCGGGAGGAUCCUGAGGACAUCGCGGUAUAUCCUGAAAAGAAAACCCCAGACCCGUAUGCAGACCUGGGCCUCCAAGAUCUGCUGGCAGCUAGCCUCACUGCUGUGCUCUUGGGAGGAUGGAUUCUCUUCUUAAUGAGGCAGCAGCACCAGCUGAUGGGGAAGCAGCCACAGGACCCCGUGGAAGCUGCAGGCCCCCCUCACAUCUCACAGGACACUCAAUCCCAGUCCUCGGAGGUCACCACGCGGGGCCAGAAGAGGCUUCAAAGCCCCUCAGAGCAAGUCCAGCAGCUCGAAGAUCCUGAAGAUGUGCAGCUCACCGUGGUGGGGAAGAUUUCCUUUGACCCCAAGGAUGUGCUGGGCCGAGGGGCAGGCGGGACCUUUGUCUUCCGGGGACAGUUUGAGGGGCGGGCAGUGGCCGUCAAGCGGCUCCUCCGGGAAUGCUUCGACCUGGUCCAGCGGGAGGUCCAGUUGCUGCAGGAGUCUGACAGGCACCCCAAUGUGCUCCGCUACUUCUGUACUGAGCGGGGACCCCAGUUCCACUACAUUGCCCUGGAGCUCUGCCAGGCCACAUUGCAGGAGUACGUGGCAAGCCCAGAGCAGGCCCGCUGGGGCCUGGAGCCAGAGAUGGUGCUGCAGCAGCUGAUGUCGGGCCUGGCCCACCUGCACUCCCUCCACAUAGUGCACCGUGACCUGAAGCCAGGCAACGUCCUCAUCGCCGGUCCCGAUGGCCAGGGCCAGGGCAGGGUGGUCCUCUCAGACUUCGGCCUCUGCAAGAAGCUGCCCGCUGGCCGCUGCAGCUUCAGUCUCCACUCGGGCAUCCCUGGCACAGAAGGCUGGAUGGCACCCGAGCUCCUACAGCUCCUGCACCCCGGCAGCCCAACCAGCGCGGUGGACGUCUUCUCUGCGGGCUGCGUGUUCUACUACGUGCUUUCCCGUGGCGGCCACCCCUUUGGAGAGAGUCUCUAUCGCCAGGCAAACAUCCUCACAGGGGCUCCCUGUCUGGCUCACCUGGAGGAAGAGGCCCACGACCAGGUGGUCGCCAGGAGCCUGGUGGAGGCCAUGUUGAGCCCGCAGCCGCAGGCCCGGCCCUCUGCGCGCCAGGUGCUGGCCCACCCCUUCUUCUGGAGCAGAGCCAAGCAACUCCAGUUCUUCCAGGAUGUCAGCGACUGGCUGGAGAAGGAGUCUGAGCAGGGGCCCCUGGUGAGGGCACUGGAGGCUGGGGGCGCUGCCGUGGUCCGGUGCAACUGGCACAAUCACAUCUCGGUGCCGCUGCAGACAGAUCUGAGAAGGUUCCGGUCGUACAAGGGGACGUCAGUGCGAGACCUGCUUCGUGCCAUGAGGAACAAGAAGCACCACUACAGGGAGCUCCCGGCUGAGGUUCAGCAGGCCCUCGGCCACAUCCCCGACAGCUUCGUCCAGUACUUCACAAACCGCUUCCCGCGGCUGCUCCUCCACACACACCAGGCCAUGAGGAGCUGCGCCUCCGAGAGCCUCUUCCUGCCAUACUACCCACCGGCCCCGGGAGCCAGGGAGCCACGUCCAGAGGCUGCUGGGGCUGCCGGCCAGAAAAGGAGCUGGGCCUGCGACUGA